AUGAAUUCAAACCCUAAUCUGAUUUCCGGUGACCGGAGGUGGAUCCUUCAGAUUCGUCAAACUAUCGAUGAAGAUAUCGAAGAAGAUGAUAUUGAUUUUCCGGUGAGCAUAUUCAACGUCCCAACAAGUUUAGUGUCUACAAAACCAGAUUGUUACAUUCCACAACAAGUAGCAUUAGGUCCUUAUCACCAUUGGAGACCUGAGCUUUAUGAGAUGGAAAGAUUCAAGAUUUCUGCUGCAAGGAGAUACCAAAAGCAAUUGCAAGAUGGUGGUUUGAAGUUCGAACAUAUCGUGGAUCAGUUAGCGGUUUUCGAGCCAAGAAUCCGAGCUUGUUAUCAUAAGUAUUUGGAUUUUGAUGGUGAAACCCUAAUUUGGAUGAUGGCUCUUGAUGCUUCCUUCUUGAUCGGAUUUCUUGAUGUUUACGCUAUCGAAAACGGGUUCGUUAUGAGAUUUUCGUCAAGAACGUUGCGUCUGGGUGAUUUUUCGUGUCGAAGAUUUGCGUACGAUGCCAUUCUUAGAGAUAUUGUGAUGUUGGAGAACCAGAUUCCAAUUUUUCUUUUGGAAAAGAUGUUGGAAUUUCAAUUCCAUUGUUUGGAAUCUGCUCAAAAGUCUUUAACUUCAAUGUUGGUAGGGUUUUGUAAAGAGGUUUCUCCUCUUAGGGUUAUUACGGACGUCCGCCAGGUUCUUCAUUCUACCCAUGUGCUAGGGUUUCUAUACCACAUGAUUGUGGAUCCCAUUAUGUUAUCCCAUAAUCAACAAGAAGAAGAAGAAGAAGAAACACGAUACAAUUUUUUCAAAGGAAUCAUCAAUGGCGUACAAAGAUUUCUUGAAAGAUUGAAGCAUUCGGAACCCGUAAAACUCAUCGAAAAGUUUUCUCCGGCAAUCGUCUCCAAUGUACCCGUCGUAAGAAUCUUUAAACACCAUGUAUUUAAAGAAGAUAAACAGGUUUUAAACGUGGAUCAACGCGAUCAUAAACCUCCAUUAACGGAAGAAAUCUCGAUCCCUUCUGUAACUGAUCUUUCUAAAGCUGGUUUUCGGUUUUCUCCUUCAGCGGGUGGAAUCUUUACGAUUAACUUCGAUGCAAACUCAUCGGUUUUCUUCCUUCCGGUUUUGAGUUUGGAUGUGAACACAGACGUCGUGUUGCGAAACCUGAUAGCGUACGAAGCCUGCAACGCAUCUGGACCGUUGAUUUUGACUCGUUACACGGAGUUAAUGAACGGGAUUAUCGACACCAAAGAGGAUGCAAAGUUGCUUAGAGAAAGAGGGAUCAUGGUGAACAGAUUGAAGAACGAUGAAGAAGUGGCUAACUUAUGGAAUGGGAUGAGCAGGUCUGUAAGAUUGACGAAAGUGCCCUUCUUGGACAAGGUGAUUGAAGAUGUUAACAAGAAUUAUGAAAGAACAUUGAGGGUUAGAAUAGAGAAACUGAUGAAGGUUUAUGUGGUUGAAUCAUGGCAGUUUCUGGUGUUUGUGGCUGUUGUAAUACUCUUGUUCUUGAUGUCUUUACAGGUGUUCUCUUCUGUAUCUAGAUUUAUUCUUAUGUUAAUUAUAUAA